UUUCAUACGUCAGACGAAGAGUGAGCUGGAGGAUCAUGGCGGAGCGUAGAAGGCAAAAGAAACGAAUUCAGGAGGUGAGUGAGCCAUCCAAGGAGGAGAAGGCAGUGGCCAAGUACCUCCGCUUCAACUGCCCCACCAAGUCCACCAACAUGAUGGGCCACAGGGUGGACUACUUCAUCGCUUCCAAGGCAGUGGACUGUCUCCUGGACUCUAAAUGGGCCAAGGCCAAAAAGGAUGAGGCUGUGUUCACCACCAGGGAGUCUGUAGUGGACUACUGCAACAGACUGCUGAAAAAACAGUUUUACCAUCGAGCUCUGAAAGUGAUGAAGAAGAAGCCAGAGAAAGACACCAAGAAGGAGAAAGAAAAGGAGAAAGAGAAAGAGAAGGCCAAAAGCGACAGUGGCAGAGAGGAGGAGAAGAAGGGCAAGAAGGAGAAGGAGAAGAAGAAGGAUCCAGAGGUUUCCGACUCAAAGAAGGAGAAAAGUGAUGAUAGCCCUGGAACACCAAAGAAGAAGAAAGACGUGAAGAAGAAGUUCAAGCUGGAGCCUCAUGACGACCAGCUCUUCCUCGAUGGUAACGAGGUGUAUGUCUGGAUCUAUGAUCCGGUCCAUUUCAAAACCUUCGCCAUGGGCCUCAUACUGGUAAUUGCAGUGAUCGCGGCCACUCUGUUCCCUCUGUGGCCUGCGGAGAUGCGGGUGGGUGUGUACUACUUGAGCGUAGCGGCUGGAUGCUUCGUUGCCAGUAUACUGCUGCUAGCUGUUGCUCGCUGCAUCCUGUUCUUGCUCAUCUGGCUGGUGACGGGCGGGCGCCACCACUUCUGGUUCCUGCCCAACCUCACGGCCGACGUGGGCUUCAUCGACUCGUUCCGGCCGCUCUACACACACGACUACAAGGGCCCGCGCGGCGCCGCCAAGAAGGGCGGGGAAGGCAAGGGGGACGACGACGGCGGCAAGGCCAGCAAGGACGGCCAAUCGGAGAGCACCGCGGCCCCGGCGGCGCACAGGUCCGACAGCGAGGAGAAGUCCGACAGCGAGAAGAAGGACGGAGACGAGGAGGAGGAAGACGAGGAGGAGGAGGACGAGAGCAAGGAGGCAGGGCCGGAGGAGGAGGCGGGGCCGGAGGCGCCGGGGGCGGAGCGUCCGUCGGACACGGACAGCGACCGGCCGGAGGAUGAGGGAUCCCAGCACAGCAACGGGAAUGACUUUGAGAUGAUCACCAGAGAAGAGCUGGAGCAGCAUACAGGGGGGGAGGAGGAGGGAGAGGAGGAGGAGGAGGAGGAGGAGGAGGGAGAAGGGGGGGAGGAGGAGGAGGAACAGCAGGGAGAGUCUGAGACCAAGCCCCCCUCCGGUCAAACAUAAACAUUUCAUCCCAACCUCGCCCCCCCCCCACCCCCACCACCCACCUUCCCUGUGGUCCCAGGAUCUUCUACAGUACUUCUUACCAUGUAUAAGCAGAGGCUCCCAUCUGUCUGUUGAGAUCUUCCACUCCAGAAUACAGAUACCCCCUCUGGAUAUGGACAACCGUGAAAAGAAACAACAGAAAAGCUAUGACAAUGGAAAAGAUGAAAAAAAGCCUUAUUGUAGAUCGGAAAUCCCUUUUUUAUUUAAAAGAGAGAGAUAAAAUGCAAUGUAAAAACUUCUAACAGAGUUGUCACCCAUUAGUUUAGUUCUAUCCAUGUGAUCCCACCCUCCUUUUAUGAUGCUGGUUCGAGUUUGUUCACCCAUGUCAUGUUAACAUGACUAGUUUACCUGUUCUGUUGUGUGUCUAGGUUUUCUUGUCAUCUUUUUAACAUUUUGUAUGCCACGCCAAGUCCCCUGUCGGUCCAUACAGACCAAGGACAAGACCAUCUUAGUCCUGCCUGUCAGUGGGGAAACUGGCUGUUUUUUUGCCUUCCAAAUUGUGAGUUUUCUUUGCAAAAGAGUCUGUGUGAUUGGUACAAUCAAGGUAAGGGCGAGCAAAGUGUUUGAGUGACUGUGUCCAGAGCUACACAGCUGCUCUGAGUGACUGUGUCUGGAGCUACACAGCUGCUCUGAGUGACUGUGUCUGGAGCCACACAGCUGCUCUGAGUGACUGUGUCCAGAGCCACACACACUGCUCAUCUUGGCAGUUCUCUCAGUCUCAGGCCCUGAUAACAUGUAAUAUAACUGACCAAUAAUUCACUAACCUGGAUGGACCAAACCCUAUAGUUUACCCUUCCCCCCCAGUGUUGGUAGUAUGCAUGGGCUAAAUGUGACUAAGUGACCACCGGGCAGCCGUGGUCACUUCCUGUUUCUACCAGGAAGUGAUGGCCUGUGUCGUUGUUGAUGAUUAUAGUGCAGUUGUGUACACUCUCAGAACAAUGGCUGACAGCCAUGCGUUUAGUCUACGCAGGCCAGAGUAUGUUUUUGAGUUAAAAAAAUCUUAUCAACAGCAUAUAAAUGGAGGUGGAAAAGGUACCGUUCAAGCUUUGUUUUUCUAUUUACUCAUAGACUCAGACCUCAAACAUGAAAUGAAUACUAGUGCCAAACUCCAAACUGAUUUCAUGCAUGCUGUUUUCACAUAGGAAGACAAUUGUAAGCAAGGCACUUUGGUACAUUUGUUCGUUUUUGUAAAUCAUAGUGUCAAAUUCCAAACCCAGCACAGUUGUAGUAUCUAAUUGUUGAGUUUAGGCUCUUACCAAAACAAUGUCCUGGGGUGGAUUCCGUUUCCUGUAUUCAACAAGCCAUGCAAAGCAGACAGGACUCGCUCGGAUGUUCCCACAGGUUCAGUUGAGGAAGCCGUAGGCGUGUUCCAUUCCAUCGCCAUCCCUGCUUUUGUUGCUUCGCCUUCGUUGGUAUUCUAGUCAGAAGGGAUCACUGGUAUUGAGUUCCCAGUAAAUGACUUGAGACUCCACAUCCAUUUGAGACCAAUGGGGCAGUGGGUCAGCAUUCUAAAUAAGGCCAGGGUUUGACACCGGCCAAUGGUAGGUCUGCAUUACUUUGUUUAGAGUCGUUUUAGAUACUUGUUUUACUCAUAAUGAGGACAAUAUUUAAGCAAAGAAAAGUGUAUCAUUUAUAUAUGGAUUCUAUUGAUAUAUAUCGAAUAUAGGUAUACAUACUUAACAGUCCAAGAAAUUAUAAACCAACUUGUUCAACAUGAACAGUAUCCUAGUUUAUGGUGUUGUCAUUUUCACUUUGUUUAUUUCAAUGUGAUGCUUUCCCAUCAUUCUCUUUGUAUGUUCUGUAGUAUCACAAAUAGGAAAACUGUCCAGAGAUUGUUGUGGGGACCUCCUAGCAAGCUCAGGCUGAAGUUGAAUCAUUUUAGUUGAAUUCUAUUCAUCUUUCAUUAAUAUUGUUGAAAGUGUGGAAUGAGUAAUGGUAUGCAGCUAGUUUUUCCAUAUGGGGGCUUACUUUAGAGUCCACGCACGACUCGUUAACUAUAGUUGAGAAACGUACUGUUCUACACAACCAGUACAGUAUAAUGCAGCCACACACACACAUUGUUGUCAAGUUUACAAGUGCUCUGUUGCAUCCAGUGUGAUUGACAUCCCAGACCUGCACACGAUGAAUCAAACGUCUCCAAACUCAUCGACCGCUCUCUGUUGUUUUUCUUCAUUGGAAGAGCUCGUUGAUCUCGGUAGCUUCUCUCCAGCUUGAUCCCCCAACUCUGGUCCCCCUCGCCUGGUCCCCCUAGUCACCUGCCUAACCUGAGGGACGGGUACUUACAGUUGUACAAUAUGUAGCUUCCUUUGAUUUUUCUUUUUCCUCUAGUGUCAGCGUUGUCCUAAACCAGGUGAUACAUUUCUCUGUCUGUCUUUUGGAGAGAGACAGUUGUCUGUAGUUUCUAAAUAUUCGGCAGAAAGUGUUGCACAGUAUCAGUCUGUUGUAUAUGGGUGUAUUAUUCUCUAUGCUGCUUUUCUGGAAUUAAAAUGAAUAGAAAAUUACCGUCACGUUUCAUCUGGUCAACUGUUUUCAGCUACCUUAGUUGUCCAUGUUGGCAUCAAUAUCAUUUUGAGGACUGUCCCAUGCAAUAUUGAAGUAUAAUUUAAUUAAUCGGAUGGAAGUAUAUCUGUAUGUUAUCAUUGCAAUAAAAUAUAGAAAUCAA